AUGUCGUACUUCGGUCAGUCUACAGUAUUGGCUUAUUCAAACUGCGUUUACUGCGCAGGCGGUUUUCUAUGUUAUAAGUGUUCAACGUGCGUGACCAGAGUCAGCACUCGUGCCGAGGUAUCAGACGCGUUCGAGAGUCGCAUUGGUGAAGAACUACCUGCUGAUCGAUAUUAUAUUUUCAACGUACGCGUGAUAAACUUGUGCAAAAGCAUGGCGACGGAAGUGGCACAACUUCCUCACCUAAAGGUCUUCGAUCGCGUAAUGGAAUUGCCUAUCGUUGAAUUGGCAGUCGUCAAAUCCGCAGAGACGUAUUCCAGAGUGAAAAGUUCGUAUCAAUUGAUGAAUUGGGCUCUGAGUACAGCCGAAUUGUCACUAAGCACCGCGACGAGACAAGCGAUGCCCAUCGCUGUACCCAUCGCGAAAAGGCUUGAAAGUCCCAUCAAUUUCGUUGAUAAUACAUUAUGCUUUGGUCUUGAUAAAAUUGAAGAAAAAGUGCCGCUAGUGAAGGAGAAACCUGCACAGAUUUUAGAAAAGGCAGUAUCGAGAAUUUCGUAUGUGAACGAUUUGAUUCUUGAACAAGCAACGAAUUUGCGAGACAUCAGCUGGAAUACGGCCAAUCAAAUACUCGAUACACGCUAUGGCAGUGUGGCUGUGAGAGGUAUAGAUAACACGGCCGUUGUCGUUGAUAAACUCAUUGACAGAUAUUUCCCCGCAACAAAAGAAGAAAAACCGAUAGACAUCAAUACAAUUGAGGAGGAUAAGCUGCUACAUACUUUACAAACGGUCGGUCACUUAUCUAAUAAAGCUGCUCGACGUGUGUACCUAAACAUAAUAAAUCACCUGAGCACUAUCAAGAAGGACGGUUUAUCGGUUUAUGUCAGUAGUUUAGUUGAGUUUCUUCGACUCACAAAAUAUCUUCACACUGUCAACGAAAAGCCACAAACAAACGGCGAAGUAAAUCAAGAACCACACGAUGAAAAUAAGGAAAAGAGCGAGUAAAAAAGAACACUGCUUCUAUCUUACUUUUCU